CGUGGAAGAUGGCGGCGGCGGGUGCCGAGGAGCCGGAGCCCGGCGGCUCGUUCCGCCGCUACCUGGUGCGGUUGGGAGCCCUGAGGCCUCAGCCCGGCGCGGAACGGCCCGACGGCAGCCUCCGCACCGAGCUCCACCUGCUCUUCGACCAGCUCAUCUCCGAGAGCUGCGGGCCGGCGCCGGCGGCCGAGCCCAGCGCGCAGGAUGUUUGCGCUCUACUAGUUCAAGCCUGUCAGCUGGUUCACCUCAAUCAGGAACAUCUUGUCAGCAAAGUUUGUCAACUUAUCCAUCACUUACUUAACAGAUUCCAGGUGAUGGUUGAUGAACGGAGCUUGCAUUUCCUUCUCUCCUACUGCAUCUCCGCUCUUAAGCAGUGCAGCUCUUGGACACAUGUUGAAAUUCUGCAAGCCUUAGCAGCUGUUGUUUACAAUAAUGGACCUAAAUGUCAGAAAUAUCUCCCAGAUUUGCUGGGCAAGACUGGGCUCCUGGUGCAGUUCAGUGACUCUGCUCAGCCAGAUGUGGAACUCAGGAGAGCAGCAGUUCGCAGCAUGGCCAACCUCUGCCUCAGUGUGCCUGGACAGCCAUGCUUGGAUGAGUCCUACAGAAAUGUCUGUUUUCAAACUUUUCUAAGUGUUCUGCAGUCUUCAAAAACCUCUGAUAUAGAUGACAUCACUUUUUGCAUGUUACUGCAAAAUGCACUGAAAGGCAUCCAGUCACUUCUCAAUGGUGGGAAGAUGAAACUGAUGCAAACUGACCAAAUUGGAUCUCUUUUUGCAGUAUUAAAGAAAUGUAUGUUUCAUGGGCUGCCAGGACUGAGCAUAGAGACGCCCACAGCCUUGUACCCAGCUCCUCUGCCACAGUAUGAUAAAAGGUUGCCUGUCAAACAGGAGCAGUUGGACCCACCUGCCUCUAAGCAGACGGGGAACCGAAGAAAAAAGUCCAAAGGGAAACAAAGGAAGGGAGAAGGAAGAGAAGAGUUGAGUGAUGCAGGAAGUGAAUCAGUCCUUGGAGCAGACAUGCUGAAGUUACAGGUGGGGGACGUGCGGAACGGCCCGUGUGCGGCUCCUCGGGCUCGAGCGGCAGAGGCAGUGUCUGUGCCUGCUGGGAAGGAUCACACCUCUGCACCUUACACCAGCUGGAAGAGAGUCAGCAGCAGUGAGUCCGAGUAUUCUGAUGCUGAGGGUGGAAUACAGAGCAAAACGAGAUCCUAUCAAGCCAAUGUUCGUCAAGGGGCUCUGGCCUGUUUCCUCUCUGCUAUCAAAUCACUAGAAAAAAGAAUUCUUUAUGGCUACUGGUCAGCAUUUGUUCCUGAUGCCCCUGGUAUUGGCAGCCCCCAGUCAGUGUCCCUGAUGACUAUUGCUCUAAAGGACCCUUCCCCAAAGACCCGUGCCUGUGCUCUUCAAGUUCUCUCAGCCAUCCUGGAAGGCUCCAAGCAGUUCCUUUCUGUUGCUGAAGAUGCUUAUGAUCACAAGAGAGCUUUUACCCCCUUCUCUGUGACCAUCGCUUCCAGCAUCCGGGAGCUGCACCGCUGCCUGCUGCUGGCCCUGGUGGCAGAGUCCUCUUCUCAAACACUGACACAAAUAAUCAAGUGCCUUGCAAAUUUGGUGUCAAAUGCACCAUACAGCCGGUUGAAACCUGGGCUGCUGAUGAGAGUUUGGAACCAGAUAAAGCCCUACAUUUCUCAUAAAGAUGUUAAUGUUCGAGUUUCUAGUCUCACGUUAUUAGGGGCUAUAGUGUCUGCCCAGGCACCUUUACCAGAGGUUCAGUUACUUCUGCAGCAGCCCAGUUCUUCAGGGUUAAAUAACAGUGGCAGCACAACCCCUCACUGUCUGAGUUCUUCUGAGCAGUGGAGAAAAGCCCUGCCCUCAGAAGGGGAACCUGCAGAGAACCAAGCAUCAUGUGCCUCUCCAGAGCCAUGCUGGCUGCUCCGGCUCUGCGUUUCCAUCGUUGUCGUGCCCAGAGAGGAUUCCUGCUCUGACACUGAGGGCAGCUUUCCAUCCUUUGCCAGUGUUUAUGAGCCAUGUCCCCUUCGCCUGGAGUCCUUACAGGUGUUGGCUCUUCUUGUAAAAGGUUAUUUCCCUAUGGCUCAGAGCUAUUUCCUAGAACUUGGAGAAGUGGCAUGCAGAUGCAUGGAAGAAAUGGAUCCAUCUAUUCAGCUUCAUGGAGCCAAACUUCUGGAGGAGCUGGGCACGGGUGUGCUGCAGCAGUACAAACCUGAUGCAGCUGUUGCCCCUGGUCAGAGAGUGCCAGUCAGUGUGGUUGUGACUUUCUGGACUCUGAUGCUGCAUGGCCCCUUACCUGGCAUUCUGCAGAGCUCUCCACACGCCACUCUUCAGACAAGUGCCUGUGAUGCCCUGUCCUCCAUCCUGCCCGAGGCUUUCAGCAGUCUGCAGAAUGAGCAGCAGAUACUGUGUGUCACUCUGCUGCUGGGGCUGAACCACAGUGAGAACCCACUGGUGAAAGCUGCUGCUGCCCGUGCGCUCGGAGUCUACAUCCUCUUCCCUUGCCUCCGCCAGGAUGUGAUGUUUGUGGCAGACACAGCAAACGCCAUCCUGAAUUCCCUCCAUGACAAGUCUCCCAACGUGCGUGCCAAAGCAGCCUGGUCCCUGGGCAACCUCACAGACACUCUCAUCAUCAACCAGGAAACCAUGGGACACAGCUUUCACGAGGAAUUUUCUGAUCUGCUGCUGCUGAAAAUGUUACGGUCUGCGACUGAAGCAUCCAAGGACAGAGACAAGGUAAAGAGCAAUGCAGUCAGGGCCCUUGGGAACGUGCUUCAUUUCCUUCAGCCACAUCACAUAGCAAACCCCAGGUUCAGGGAAGCCAUUGAGGAGUCUCUCCAGGCCCUGAUCUCCACUGUUGAGAGCGAGGCCACAAUGAAGGUGCGCUGGAACGCCUGCUACGCCCUGGGCAACGUCUUCAAGAACCCUGCCUUGCCUCUUGGAGAGGCUCCUUGGACCACACAAGCAUACAAUGCACUUUCCUCAGUAGUGAAGUCCUGCAAGAAUUUUAAAGUCCGAAUCAAAUCAGCCAUGGCUCUGUCCAUCCCCAGCAAGAGGGAGUGCUAUGGCUCCAGCCAGCAGUUCUGUCACAUCUGGAGUGCCUUGGUGGUGGCCUUGCAGAAGAGUGAGGACACUGAGGACUUUCUGGAAUUCAAGUACAGUGCCAGCCUCAGGACACAGAUCUGCCAGGCUCUGCUUCAUUUGUUAAGUCUGGCAAAGGGCACGGACCUGCCAGUCAUUUGGGAAACCUUAAAGCAGAACGAGGACAGGAUCAGAUGCUGUGUCUUGCAGUACCUGAGAGCUGGAGCUGAAGAGAACGAGGCAGGAGCACACACGGAUUCGUGGGAGAGGGAGAGAGUUGUGAAAGGAGCUAUUGAACAUCUGGGGGGGAUAGAGCUGGAGGGCAAAGCCAGGGCACGAGUGUCUGUUUAUCUGGAAGAUGUCUUGAGGAACCAUGACCAUGCCACUGAAUUAACUGAGGCUUAGAAACAAACACCUGUGUCAGCAGCUGGUCACUCACCCUUCUGACUGGGUACAGAGGGGACACGCUGCUGUGGCUGGCAUGGGGCACCCAGAAGAAGUUUCCUCUUGCUGGUAUUACACAAUUUAACAUACAUUUAUUUUGAGCUUUAUUGUCCCCUGUGCUGGGCCCUGGGGAGGCUGCAGCUCCAGGGCUGUUCAGUGCUGGGCCCCUCACUCACUGCCACAGGGACACUGAGGGGCUGCAGCUCCAGGGCUGUUCAGUGCUGGGCCCCUCACUCACUGCCGCAGGGACACUGAGGGGCUGCAGCGUGGCCAGAGCCGGGCACAGAGCUGGGGAAGGGGCUGGAGCACAGGGGUGCUGGGCAGGGGCUGAGGGAAUGGGGGUGUUGAACCUGGAGAAGAGGAGGCUGAGGGGAGACAGGAGCACUCCCUGACAGGAGGCUGCAGUGAGCUGGGGGCCAGUGUCUUCUCCCAAGUAACAAGUGACAGGGCAAGUCAAGUUGCACCAGGGAAGGUUUAGAUUGGAGACUGGGAGCAAUUUCUUCCCCAAAAGGACUAUAAAGCCCUGGCCCAGGCUGCCCAUGGUGGUGCAGGAGUCCCCAUCCCUGCAAGGAUUCCAAAGCCAUGGUGCUGAGGGGUGUGGGUUAGUGACAAGUCCCUGUUAAGUUUACAGUUGAACUCAGUGAUCUUCAAAGUCUUUUCCAACCUAGGCAGUUCUGCUACUAAAAUCAUUCCUGAUGCCUGGUGACAAGAUCUGCAGAACUUAAAAGUUUUAAUUUCUUCCUAAUCCUUGUGUUGAGUGAACUCUGGAGUUGUCCUCACUUGGUUUUGUUUGUACACUUGAGCGUUACUGUGUCACCACCUGGAAAACAGAUGCCUUUUCCUCCUAUGUGUGUUUCAUAAAACCAGCCUCUUCUCUCAGCUUAUCUGAAGGCAUUUUGUUACUAUUGCUGCUGCAUUCAAAAUCGUGUUUGCAAAGGAGGGGUCUGGAAGAAUUGGGGCUUUCUGAGCACUGCAAAUGUUGUCACUCGUGUUCCUGCAAUAAACCCAAAUAUGCCAAUAUUUGAAUAAUAGCUUAGAGCAAACACACUUUGCCUUUACCCCUCUAUGUUGCU